AUGAAGACCUUGGGGCUGUCCUCGCUUAUGUCAAAAGCUGGUAUGUUCUUCCCAGCCAAAGGAAGUCCUAGGAUUCCAUGGUUUGAUCAGGUUCUUGCAGAUAUUGGCGAUCACCAGUCACUGGAGCACAGCCUCUCUACAUUCAGUGGGCACAUAUCACGUCUGCGCAGCAUUGUAGAAAUCGUAUCAAAGGACUCUCUAGUUCUAAUUGAUGAGAUUGGCAGCGGCACUGAUCCAUCUGAAGGUGUAGCUCUUUCAACCAGCAUUUUGAAGUAUCUUGCGAGUAAAGUGAAUUUGGCCAUUGUGACAACUCAUUAUGCUGAUCUAAGUCGGCUCCAGUCAGUUGACAACCGAUUCGACAAUGCUGCAAUGGAAUUUUGUGUAGAAACUCUACAGCCAACGUACCGAAUCUUAUGGGGCAGUACUGGUAAUUCUAAUGCACUUAGUAUUGCAAAGUCAAUUGGUUUUGAUCAAAAAGUGCUUGAUCGUGCACAAGAAUGGGUUGAGAAACUAUUGCCUGAUAAGCAAAAGGAGCGGCAAGGUUUACUUUAUGAUUCUCUCCUCGAUGAAAAAAAACUUUUGGAAUCUCAAGCAAAUAAAGCUGCAUCUAUUGUUUCACAAGUUGAGGGGCUGUACAAUGAGAUUCGCUUGGAAGCUGAUGAUCUUGAAAGUCGAGUAGCUGCUUUGAGAACAAGAGAGACCCAAAAGGUACAACAAGAAUUGAAGGUUGUAAAGUCUCAGAUGGACACCAUAAUCAAGAACUUUGAAGCUCAGCUAAAGAAUUCAAAACUUGAACAAUACAAUUCGCUAUUGAGGAAAGCAGAAGCUGCCACUGCUUCCGUGGUUGCUGCUCAUCAGCCAAGCGAAAUAACUUUCGAUGACGAUGAAAACCAGAGCUCGUUUGUCCCACAAAUUGGAGACAAAGUGUAUAUUCAAGGGCUGGGAGGAGGAAUGAUGGCUACUGUUGUCGAAACUUUUGGAGAAGAUGAGAGCUGUAUGGUUCAAUAUGGAAAGAUAAAGGUUCGAGUCAAAAGAAGCAAGAUAAAAUUGGUUCAAAGAGGCACAAAUAAUGAGGCAACAACUUCCUCUUCUGUAAAAGCAAAGGGCCGAACACCGAAGCAGCGAUCGGCAACGACAGAUGGCGGCGGCAGCGUCUCCUUCGGCCCUGCCGUGCAGACGUCCAAGAACACGGUGAAUCUGCGCGGGAAGCGGGUCAGCGAGGCGGCCUACGAGCUCCGGAUGGCCAUCGAUGCGUGCAGGCCGUACCAGGUGCUCUUCGUGGUUCAUGGCAUGGGCACCGGGGCAGUGAAGGACUGCGCCAUUGACGUCCUCCGGAACCAUCCUCGAGUGGCCAGGUUCGAGGACGAGAGCCCUCUCAACUACGGCUGCACCGUCGCCUACAUUCAGUAA